ACAUUAUUUCCAACCUGCCUGUCCCCCAAUCCGGCUCUGGAAACGUCAUCUAUCCCAUCACCAUACCUUUUUCGUAAUAAAUAAACCAGAUCCAUUUACUGUGAUAAAUAGCAGCUCAUGGUCGUCACAUUGUUGUAGUAAUUCACCUGUGUAAAAGUGCUCGGUUGUUUCGGUAUUAUUCCAUUGUUGAAAUAAUAAAGUCAGAGUGGGGAUUUUGGGGAACGUGGAAGGUAACAUGGCAACCUUCUGAUGACGUUUGUGCUCGUCCGAAGGUUUUUUACUACCCGAGGAGAAUCAACGACCAAAUGUUCGUCAUAAACACAACUGGCAGUUGACCAGUUUUACCGUAAUUGUUUAUCAGUUAUUUACUGUGAUUUUUGGUAAAUCGUUGAGGAUUUAUUGUUUGAUAACUGCGAGUGGAAUUUCUGCAAUCAUGAUGAACAUGUGGAAAGUGCGGGAACUCAUGGAUAAGGCGACUAAUGUAGUGAUGAAUUACACUGAGACUGAAGCCAAAGUCCGAGAGGCUACUAACGACGAUGCCUGGGGCCCCACUGGUGCUAUGAUGCAAGAACUCGCCCAGGCGACAUUCACGUACGAACAGUUUCCCGAUGUUAUGUCAAUGCUUUGGAAAAGGAUGUUGCAAGAGAAUAAACGUAAUUGGCGGCGUACGUACAAGGCUUUACUCCUGUUAAACUACCUCGUUCGAAAUGGUUCUGAGCGGGUCGUAACAUCUUCACGUGAGCACAUUUACGACCUACGUUCUCUAGAAAAUUACACGUACAUCGACGAAAUUGGCAAGGACCAGGGUAUAAAUGUUAGGCACAAAGUACGUGAAUUGAUAGACUUUAUCCAAGACGACGACAAACUGCGCGAUGAACGGAAAAAGGCGAAGAAAAAUAAAGACAAAUACGUUGGAAUGUCGAGUGACGCGAUGGGAAUGAAUUUCGGUGGUGCAGAUCGUUGGUCAGACAAUCCAAAGUGGACGAAACCAACUGGAGAGAGUUACAAUGAUUGGGAGAGGGAUACGAGAGGUCGUGGAGGCUUUGAGGAUGGCAAUAACAGUGAUGAUGGUGAGAGAGAGGACUCGGACAAUGACAAUCACAGCCCGAAGAAGGGAGAGAAGGAUAUAAAGGAGUCCAUCGACGCAUUGGACAAGCUCGAAAAAUUUACGAUAUCGAAUAAAAAUUCCCCCAGCAGAAAUCCCAGUCGUCCUGUAAAGAAAGUCGACCUGGGGGCAGCUGCGAAUUAUGGAAAGGAUCAGAGUGCCAAAGGGAGUCCUGCUGUUGUCCAGGGGAAUUUGAUAUCUUCCCCCAUCAAGAGUCAACCGAAGAAGUACAACGAUAUCCUUAAUGAUUUAUUUGAAACCAGCAAUGACAACAGUAGAACUGCUAUAGACAACGACGAUGAUUUUAAUCCCAGGGAGAGUGAUUAUGUUCCUGUGGCCAGUCAGAACGUUGCCAAUUCCAAUUUUGGUGAUUUCACUAGUGCUUUUGGGGGUACUAAGCAGGAUAAUGACGAUCAGUUCGCUGAUUUCACGAGUGCAUUCAAUUCUGGGGUUACGAUAGGAGGCAAUGAUAAUAAUUGGGUUGGUGGGGCAAGUCCUGAGGCGGGAGGAAGACUGGAAUCCUUGCAGAGCAAUCAGGAGAGUUUGAGUGGGCAUUCCAAUACCGAGGAUUUAAUGGCUGGAAAUGGCCUCAGUGGGAAUUUCAUGAGCAGUGGACCUGGAGUACUAACAAAUCAGGGAGGGAGUAGAACUAAUGGCAAUAAUAAUACAGGAUUGAUGAGUGCUGAUUUGCUGUCGGACUUUGGGAGCUUCAAUACCUUCAAUGCUAAUUCACAGAUUGGCAAUAAUGCUAAUUUAUUCAGUGCUGUCAGUGCCAGUCAACCUGCGAACACAGGAUUGUUAGCGCCGACUCCAGUGAAUACAAGAACACCUGGGGGAGCCCCUGAAAUUACACCUGCACAAGUGGGUUCAACGUGGGCUGGGGCAGGACUUAAAAUUGAUCUCGAUAAUCUCUUGGGUAGCAAAUCCAAACCCAGUGGACCUGCUCCAAGCAUGAAUCAACUAGCCACCAAUAGCCCUCAACAUCAACCUCGACCUCUUGAGGAUAUUGUUUUAGCCUCCAGUAUGAACCUUGGAACACCGAUGAUGCAGUCCCCAGGACAGACUAGUCCCAAUUUUUUUCCAACAUUUCCCUGAGACACUCACAUUACCUCGAGUCAGCCUGGCAGUUUGUGAGUUUACUAAUACCCACCUUCGAUAUUUUUACGUUUUUCAGGAGUUGUGCAGCUAAAUAUGAACUAUUUUGCAAUUGGAGAUAACUUUGGAGCAAUAAUAAUGUUUAUUAAAUAGUGAAUUGAAGUUUCAUGAAUAUUUAGAAUUUUUUCAACAAAAAAAAAGAACUAAACAAAAAUUUUGGUGCAAUGAAUAAUGUCAGGAAAAAUGUUAUAAAUUGAAAUUGAAUUGUCGAAAUGACGAGACUUUAGUCAUUUUUAUCCCGAUGAACUCCCCAAUUGCAAAGUUCGUAGAAACAUUUGACCUCAGUGUAUGAUACAGGAGACUUCGGAGCGAGACGUGAAUAAAUAGCCAAAUGUCAUUUUUUAUAAAAGAAAAUGUGAAAAUAACGUAUCACUCGGAGACGUCUUUCAAAGAUGAUAAUGAAGUGAGCAAAAAAAUUGUUACAUAUAUAUUAUAAAUAUACAUGGAUAAAUAUGAUAUUGGACUAGUCGCUGUUGUACUACGCGACACCGAGAAUAAUUGACAAUACGUGCUUCCUCAACACGAAUUACAUUUUUGCACUGGUGAAGAGUUGGAGAUUGUUAGGAGGUAGUUGUACGAAAUAGUGCAUUACGUGCACAAUCAUUGUCUCUCAUUGAAAAUUACGUGGGGGAGAAUUCAGAGUGAUAAUUUGGGAAAAUAGAACGAUAAUGAGGACUAAAAUUUGCUGUCUCAGCACAAGACAAUGCGCAAUAAUUAGUAUGUCAGAUUGAGAUGAUCCGUUUUUAUCCCAAAGAUUUUCUAAUCAAGUGAAAGCAAUGCAUUUCGAUGGGUAAAGGAGGAAAAUUGAUAUUUGAAUGAAUGCAUUCCUCGAGAAUGAGAAUGAAAUUACGAUAAAUUUAAAUGGAGAUGCGCAUAUCUUUAACGAUUGAUUCUUAACAACUGUCACUAUUAACGAAGAUAAUUAUUAGCUGUUAAAUUACUAACAUAGAUCAGUAACUUAAUCGUUAAUUGCAGUUAAUUUUAUAGAGCAAAUGGAGGAAACCAACUUAUUUUUCGAAGCGAAAAUUAACGCAGUGAAUUGCUCUGAAAUUUAACGAUAUUUCCACUUCAAGAUAACGAAAUUGAAUAAUGUGUUCGCAGGUACCUUACGAAUGAGUGGAGCGUAAUCAUUCCGAAAUUGAUAAAAUGUAGAAUGUAAUAUAUUGUAAAAAGAAAAGGGAGAGGUUAUUGAUCAGAAUGAAAAUCGGGACAUAUCCUUUAGAUUCGAGUUUCCUUGGUUCAAUGCCUGCGGUUAUCCCUUGAUGAUAUUUAUUCGGUAAUUGGCAUUUCUAGUUCGAGAUAAUGUGAUCAUGAUGAAUAGACGCAUCUGGCACACUUCCAAGUUCAUUCUGCUGCCAAUAAAUUUCCAUUUCAGUCAGGCAUUUCUCUAUUUUUUACAAUCGCACCCUGAAAUGGAGUUUUAUCAAUUUUUUAAAAUAAUUCAAUAGCGAAAUGUAAAGUGAAAUAACAAUUUGAUAUUUUUCUUGAUCAUCGAUUUAUCUCAGGAAUGAUAUUUUGAUAUCAAUCGGUAUUUAAUGAAACUGCAGAAUUAAAUUAUCUGACUGCAUCACUUCGCUACUCAAUUACUAAAAAAUUGGAGUAUUAAUUUUUUCUGAGGUUCUCUUAUAUCAAUUAGGUUUCGUUUAAUUACGCAUUUACCGCGUGCAAAGUGGCAAGAUUUCCGACAGUAUUAGGAUUCUAUAUAUUCCUAUAAAUAAAAGGUGAUACACCAAAAUUAAAUUGUCGAGGAUAAGAUUUCGGGGAACUCCAUACGCAGGACUUAUCACGCGUCAUCCUGUCCCAUUGGCCAUUCCAAAUAAAAUUAAUUUCUCAUUGGUCAAUUGACAAUGUCAACAUCAACACAACGGAAUCAAAUUACGGGGGCGGAGCGCGCAUUCGAUCUCGUGUAAACAAAAUCAUCCUAUAUAUAAAAGGUGAUACACCAAAAUUAAAUUGUCGAAGGUAAGAUUUCGGGGAAUUCCAUACGCAGGACUUAUCACGCGUCAUCCUAUCUCAUUGGCUAUUCCAAAUAAAAUUUAUUUCUCAUUGGUCGAUUGGCAAUGUCAACAUCAACACAGCCGAAUCAAAUGACGGGGGCGGAGCGCGCGUUCGGUCUCGUGUAAACAAAAUCAUGUAAAUAAACUCGCAGGAUAGAGUAAUCCACAAUACGAAUAAUACAUCACAAGAGACGAGAACCUUGAGAAAUAAAAUGGAGGAAAAUUGAAUGGUUGUGUCAAUUGAUUUUCAAGAAUAGAAAGGAAAGUAAUUAUAAUUCUGCAUAUACGUGAUUUUUCUUCUGAAGUGAUUUACAAAAAAAAACGUACGAAUUCGUUUAGUUCUUUCGUUGAAACGAGCGAUAAAUAAAUUCAAGUUGAUCAUGUGUAUUUUUCACUGUACAUAGUAUGAAUGUUAUAACGAGGAAGGGAAUUUUCAUUGUGAAUAUUCGUACGAAUCAAUGGUGAACGUGCAACGAUUAGCAUGGUUUUCCUCAACUGUACAAUUAUAUUAAGAAAAAUACAAAUGAAUAAUCAUUAAACGAA